AUGCCUUCUUAUCGCGCAGCUCUCCUCUACCUGGCCGUAUUGACGCGGGUCGCAUACGUCCAAGCCGACUCGUCGGUCUUCUCUCAAUUCAUCGGCUCAACCGUAGCCCCCGUUCCCACCCUGUCUGACGACCUGGCCUCGUCGUAUUUCACCAUCUGCACGAACUACAUCCAUGGCCUGCCAGUAUUGUCGGACCUCGCAGUCAGCGAGUCGAUCAAUCUCGAACAAAUCGCCGUCGACGGCGUCUGUCAAUUCUGCACCAGCGUCGGCCAGUCGCGGAUCGACUCGUGCUGCGCGCAGGCCACCUCCUCAGCCUGCUUUGACCAAUUCGCCGCGGCGAAUGCUGGACGGACUACGCCUGCUUCGGCCAGUGCAGAGCCGACGGCCUUGACCACUGGCACCUCUGGUCCGACGGCUAGCAGCUCCUCCAACGGCGGUAUCAUCGUCCAGAACAAGGAUCUUAUUGCCGGGUCCUUUAUCGGAGCCGUCUUUGGUGUUGUUGGAUGGAUAUUGUAG